GCGAGCGCGCAUGCGUACAUUUUCCCGCCAAACGCCGCCCGAGCGCGCGUCCACAAACAAAACCUUUAUUUUUUUUAAUUUAAAAAUGUAAGAUGUUAUUGUUUUAAUUUUUGUGUUGUGCUGUGUCGUGAUGUAGCCAUGUUUCUGGGAAUUCUUCUGCUGUUGAGCGAGUGCUCGGCACUGGCUUUUAAUACCAGCGACGUUAGCCCGAGGGAUGCGUGGACGCUCCGCUACCCGCCGCGGAAGUCCCACGUACGCCGCCAGCGCACCAUACCAGCCAGCACUCCGUUCUUCUGCCAAGACUCUUUGGCUUUUGGCAAGAGUAAACAGACACCGACGUCGGUACACCGGCUAAGGCCUGGCGAUAUCGAUGUGGUGGCUGCUUUAGGAGACUCGCUAGUGGCCGGGAGCGGGGCCCUCGAAGAGUUCGCCCUCGGAGCAUUCGUGGAGUACAGAGGGGUUUCCUGGUGUGCAGGAGGCGAAGGCACCUGGCGCGAGUAUCUAACCCUGCCAAACAUCCUCAAGGUGUACAACCCGGGGCUCCGCGGCUACUCGACCGGGACUGGCGAGUGGCUCGCGCGGAACGCUCGCAUGAACGUGGCCUUUCCUGUGGCUUCAGACCAGGAUGCUUUAAAACAGGCCAAGAUACUGGUGGCUCGCAUGUUCGCGGCCCCGGACAUCGACGUCGCCCAGCACUGGAAGCUAGUCACCAUAUUCCUGGGAGCCAACGAUCUGUGCUCAGCCUCUUGUCUGUCACCUAUAGAGUGGUCGCCGCUGGCACAUGCUAAGAAGCUGGCACGGGCGCUGGACUACUUGCAUGCUAAUCUGCCUAGAACUAUAGUCAACUUAGUACCUGUUUUAGAUGUAUCAGUGUCGGUGCGCGUGCGCCGGCCCGCCAUGUGCAGGCUGAUGCACCCACUGUUCUGCACAUGCUUCCACCGAGGAGGAGGAGAACUGAGAGCUCUGGUCGCUAUGACGAGAUUAUACCAACGAGCGGAGUCUAUGCUGGUGGAAAGCGGUCGCUACGACACCCGUCCCGACUUCACCGUAGUCAUCCAGCCCUUCAUGAGACUCUUCAACGCGCCAUGGCCACCUUCGCCAAAUCUACCACUGGUCAUCCACCAGUCAUACAUCACUCAUGACUGCUUCCACUUCUCGCAGAAGGGACAUGCUCUAGCGGCCAACCUCCUCUGGAACAACCUGCUAGAGCCCGUCGGUAACAAAACCGAUGACGCAGAACCUGUACUUCUUCGCUCUUUCCGCUGUCCCUCCAGGGAAGCACCCUUCCUCUUCACGCACAACAACUCUCGGACGUACCUUGAGACGGACGCCAGGAGGGGUACGAUGAGUUAUGACAAAGGGAUGUUUUAAACACAAACGAACUCUAUGACUAUGACCAAAAAGUGUAAGAAAGAACAUUACAAUUAGAUUCUUAUAGGGCAGACAUUGAUACAUAUUCACCCACAAAAACUCUAGGAUGUAUCUCGAGGGGGGACGCCUGGACGAAAGUUUUAAACAAAUACGACUAAAAAGUGUGACAAAUCGUCGGGACAAUGGUAAAACCAACUACUUCGUUGUAGUUAUUCUAAAUAGGUUCUAUCUAUACUUACUACUUUGUUCAGAAAUUGCUGCCGUGCUCCAUGCGCUGUCUGAUCAGGGCAGCCCCGUUCCUCGAUAUCUUCACACACAACAACUCUCGGACGUACCUCGAGACGGGACGCCAGGAGGGGCACGCUGAGUUAUGACAAAGGGACGAAGUGGUAUGUCCAAAAAGUGUGUAAAAUAACAAAACGAUUAGAUUCUUAGCUAAGUUGAUAACAAUUUUGAUAGGGAAGACUUUACAUGCUCUUCACACAACAACUUUAGGAGGUACCUCGAGAGGGGACGCCACGCCAGGAGGGCUAUGAUGAAAGUUUUAAACAGAAACUGACUGUAACUAAAAAGUGUGAGAAAUGGUUGGAAUAAAGGCAGAACCAAGCCAAAGCCAAGGGCCAAGGGAUAAAGGAAAAGGCCGUUGUAGUUGUUAUUCUAAAUAGAGAACUUACUACCUACUUUGUUCGAGAAAUUACUAGUCUGCUUCUUCCUCAGUCCGUUCCCCCCGCCCCGUUCCUCUUCAUACAAAAUACAACUCUCGGACGUACCUCGAGACGGGACGCCAUGAGGGGUACAAUGAGUUAUGACAAACGGCCGAUGAUGGUUUAAUACUUUAAACACAGUCUGACUGUGAGCAAAAAACUAGUAAUACCAAGAUAUGUUGAUAAAAGAGUUUCAUACAGCAGAUUUUGCACAUAAUUCAUCUUCACAAGUUCACAUUCACACACAACUCUAGAACGUACAGUCAACCAAUUGGAACCCUAGGCCCUAAAAUGGAACUAUGUCACAGUGACGUUAUAAAUCAGAUUGUAAGAGAUCUCUUACUGCUUGUCAUUUUGACAUGGUUGUAUAGUGGCCUAGGGUUUCAAUUGGUUGACUGUACCUCGAGACGGGACGCCAGGGGGGUACGAUGAGUUAUGAGUUAUGACAAAGGAAUGAAUUUUGGUCACAAUUAUCACAAACAAUUCUAUGACUAUGACCAAUUUAGUGUGAGAGAGAGAGAUUCUUAGCUGAGUUGACUACGAUUUUUAUACGGCACUGAGAUGCCGGAUUUAAAACAAAAUAGAAAUUGUUUUUGUUGACAUUAGUUAAGUAAUUAUGUAAAUAUUUUUUUACAAAAUAAUUAAAUUGUUACCUGUUUAAUGUUACCUAAAUCAUGUGAUUGUAUACAUUUAGUUAGCGUGAGUGCCAUGGAUAAAGCUUUUUGAAUCAAAGAUACUACCUAGGAUUAUGUAAGUGAAGUAAAACUACCUACAUGAAUGUGUUUUCAAGAAAAUAAGGAAUAAAUUAAUUGUGUUUUUA